CGGUCGCAGCUACCAAGCAACUACCAAGCACCAACAUGCAUUUUGAGCCAAUAGCGUAUUCCCAUUUUCAUCAUUUAAGCGCGCUUUGACAAAAUCCAAGCGCGCUUAGUGAUCUGUGUGGCUCCACCAAUGAUAGGUGGGCGGAUAAUUGGCCAGCAAGCGCACUCAGUUUUGGAUCCCCAGUUAAGUUUCCCCCCUUCCCAAGGUUCUUUCCCCACUAUCUACAAUGGCUGACGAGGAGCAUGAUUUCGAGUUCCACUCGACCGACGCCGGUGCUUCCGAGACGUACCCCAGCGAAGCUGGCCAGAUCCGCAAGGGCGGCUUCAUCAUGAUCAAGGGACACCCGUGCAAGGUCGUGAACGUGUCGACCUCCAAGACGGGCAAGCACGGUCACGCCAAGUGCAACUUCACGGCUCUCGACAUCUUCACCAACAAGAAGUACGAGGACAUUGUGCCCUCGACGCACACCACGUCGGUGCCUUUCGUGUCGCGUGCUGAGUACACGCUUCUGGACAUCACGGACGAUGACUUCUGCUCGCUCAUGGACGACUCUGGUGAGACCCGUGAGGACAUCAAGCUGCCCACCUUCCCGGACAAUUUCGCUGACGAGAUCCGCGCGGACUUCGACGAUGGCAAGCAGCUGGUGGUGACGGUCCUGAAGGCUUGCGGCACCGAGCAGAUCAUUGCCAAGAAGGAGGACCUGAGCUCUUAAGUGCAGCAAACAGGUUGACCCUGUCAUUUUAUCGGCGGGGGAGACGCCUUGGAGCCUCGUUGACUUUCAGCAUCAAGUCGCGUUUUGCCUAUUUCUAUAUUUUUGGAGGAAAGAGGCCGCCAAUUAAUUUCUGGUGUCCUGUUGGGAAGAAGCUGCUGGAUGCAAACGAGGUGCUAAAGUAGUUGAAUAUUUCUCUCUUUUUUCUUUGGUACCGGUAUUCGUUUCAGUCUGAUUGGUGGUCGACGAUAAUGCAAACUUUUUGUUGGUCGCCGUGAGCACGGACAUGGCAAAUUUAGCAGCAGGAACACAGUCCGACCAUUAAUUUACCCACGAGAAAACAAAAAACGGUAAUUGUUGCGUUGUACAGAUUCUAUCAACUCUAUUGCCUUGUAUCUAGU